AUGAUGAGUGCCGACCCUCGGGCGGACGCCCACGAGGGGAGCCACCUGGCGGUAGCAGAGGCUCCGGCACCCCGGUCGAUGGACCGGCGCCGGCGCCGGACGCCCGCCCCCGGUGCCUCUUCCCCCGUCUCGGUGCUGUCCAGCCUCCCCCUGAAGCUGGCCAUCCUCGCCCUUGUGACGCUGCUGAGCGUUAUUUUCGUGACCCCCAGCGGCAGCGGCCUUGUGGCCGCCGCCCGCCAUGGUGCCGGUGCCACCCAUGCCACCAGUGACAUCCAGUUCGACAUUGCCCCAUCGGCCAAGCAGCAGCCCGCCAUCCUGCCGGAGGAGGAGGACGGGCCGGCGGCCGGCCUGCCGUCCAUCGACCUGUCCGCCCCGAGCAUCGCCGGGGUUCGGUUCGCCCGGCCGACCUUCUCCGCCCAGGAGGAUGCCGGCCAUAUCAUGAUCACCUUCCUGCGCCAGGCUGUCGAUGCCCAGCCUCUUGACAGCCAAGUCGUGUAUCUGUCCAUUGCCGAGGAUACCGCCGUCGAGAGCUUCGACUAUGAGUCGCCCUCGGAUCUGGCCGUUCGCUUUGGCAAGGGCGAAGUGGUGGCCAUGAAGCGCAUUCGCCUCUUCGACAACUAUUGGCCCGAUGGCACGCGCCGGGCCAUCCUCCGUCUGUCCUCCAGCGAGGCGGGCCAUGCCCUCGGGGAUGCCGACGUGUCGGCCAUCCUGGAGAUCACGGACGACGAGCCGGCCGAGGCGGUGGCCCCGGCCUCAGGGAUGGCCGGUGACGCGGCCGGUGGCCGGCGCCACGGGCCGCGCGACCUGGAGGCCGAGGCCGAGGAGGCCUCGCCGUACAUCCGGUUCUUCGGCCGGGCCGUGGCCACGCCGACCCUGGUGACCACCGAGGAGCCGACCACCACCAGCACCACGACCACCGAAACGGCCACCUCCACGCCGACCCCGACGCCGACCGUCACCCCGACCGAGGCCCCGUGCGAGCGCGGCUGCGAUGGCGAGUGCGACUCCGGUGCCGUGGUCGACCGGUGUGGUGUCUGCCGCAAGAUCGAUCCCAACCAGCCGUCGGACGGCCCGUCACCGGUGGAGGAUUGCGCCGGGAUUUGCUACGGCCAGGCCUUCAUCAAUGAGUGUGGCAUUUGCGUGGCCGGGUCCACCCAGAAGGACCCCUCGGCCGGGAAGGACCAGUGCGGCGUGUGCGGCGGCGAUGACACCAGCUGCGUCGGCUGCGAUGGGGUGCCCAACUCCGGAGUGGAGAAUGACGCCUGCGGCGUGUGCGGCGGCGACAACUCCACCUGCAUCAUCCUGCUGGAGAUCGACCCCGACGUCGGGCCCAAUGCCCCGGAGCAGCCGGUGCAGCUGAUCGGCGGUGGGUUCACCGAGCCCGGCACCGACAAGCCGCGGGAGCUGUACUGCCGCGUGCAGGACAACAAGCAGGCCCGCAUCCCGGUGCGGGUCAUCAGCAACACUCGCGGUGAGUGCAUCCUGGACUCCUUCACCUCCACCGGGCCCAAGGACUUCGAGCUCAUUUGGGUGGAGAACCCCGGCGACCCGGGGGUGGCCGUGCCCAACAAGCUGGUGUACACGGUGCUCGAGCAACUGCCCUCGAUCGUCCUGGACCAAGUGGUCAAGGUGUACAUCGACCGCACCGACCAGCGGAUUCUCGUCAACGGCACGAACUUCUUCGACCCGGACACCCUGCCCGGGGGGAAUGGCGGCCAUCUGAUCUCCUGCCGGUAUUCCUACGACGGGGAGGCCGGCAUGGAGCGCGUGUCCUAUGCCCGGUACAUCAGCUCCAAGCAGAUUGAAUGCCCGGUGCCGGUGUCCAGCGUGUCGCAGGAUGCCUGGCUCACGAUCGGCUUCUCCGGCCGCCCUGGCGGGCCCUGGUCCACGGUCAAGGUGUGGGUCAAGUACUACCAGGUGGCCCCGGUGGCCGAGCUGGCCCGGUUGGAUUCCACCGGGUCCCUGCUGCUGGUGUACUUCAAUGUGCCGGUCACCACCCCGAUGAAUGGCCCAGGGCUGGACUCCGGGCCCGGGGCCGGGACCUUCAAGUGCCAGACCUUCUUCCCGGCCCGGACUGCCGAGCUCUUUGGCUCCGGGGCCAAGUGCACGGUGCGCUCCGGCUCGCGCGUGGUCGAGGUGGCCCUCGGCCAGAACCCGGCCAUUCGCACCGGGGUCACCAUGAUCCUCUUCGAGCGGGAGACCAUCUACGAAUUGGCCCGCCAGUAUUGCGACCCGUUGGACAAUGAUCUGUUGGUGGACACGGACACCCCGCCGCCGGUGCCGGUGGCCGUGAUCACCGCCCCGGAAGAGGCGUCCACCUGCGGCGCGGUGCACAUCCACGGCCGGGCGUCCUACGGCAACACCGGUGGCCAGGCCCUGCGCUUCCAUUGGACCUUCAGCCCGCCGCUGCCGGCCGGCUCCUACACCACCAACAACGGGGCUUCGCUCGACUCGCUGACCGUCACCGACAUUCACAUCAAGAAGGAUGUCUUCGCCAAUGGGGCGGUCUUGCGCAUCACCCUCAAGGUGUCCAACUAUGUGGCCGAGUCCCUGGUGGCCGAGCACACCAUCCGCUUUGUCAACAGCCCGGUGCCCAGCAUCACCGUGCGCGGCAUCAACCCCCGGCGGGUGAACAUCGACGAGGAGACCGUCAUCGCCAUGGAUGCCACCCCCUCCGAGUGCGAUGCCACCGACACGGCCCUCUCCUUCGAGUGGACCCUCACCCCGGAGGACUUCCAGAAUGGCCAUUCCCUGUCGGAGCUGGUCCUCACCGGGCCGACAUUGGUCAUCCCGCCGAACUUCCUCCAGCCAUACACCCAGUACACGGCCACCCUGCGGGCCACCUCCGACAAGUCCAAGGCCACCAGCAGCCACGGGGUCAUCCUCAACACCCUCCCCCCGUCGCUGAAUGUCCGUCUGCUGGGCGGCGACCGCCGGACCAUCGGGUCGUACUCCGAUCUGCACCUGUACUACACCAUCGCCGAUUAUGCCCGGCUGGAGGGCCGCGAAGUGACCAUCGAGCUGCGCUGCACCAACGAGCUGAAUGGCGCCCUCUGCCCGGUGACCGAUGGCUUUGGUGGCUUCACCACGCUGUCCUUUGCCCCGCAAUCGGUCACCCUGGACCCGGCGCUGGAGUCCAACCGCUUUGUGCGGGUGGUGCCGGCCGGGCAGCUGGUUGUCUCGGAGAAGCUGCGCUAUCGCUUUGAGCUGCGCGUCACCGACAACCUGACCGGCGAGCUGAAGACCGAUGUGGCGGUGAUCGUGCCGCGCGCCGGUGUGCAGCCCUUCGUCCUGCUGGACACCGAGCGCAAGAUCGGCGCCCGCCAUGACUGGCCGCUGGCCAUCACCGUGGCUUCCAGCCGGUCGACCGCCUAUGCCCAGCUCAAUUACACCUGGUCCUGCGUGCAUGAGACCACCGACCAGGAGCUGGCCCAGCUCCUGCGCGACAUCGAUCGCCACAGCGAGCUGCACCUGGAGUGGGUGGACAUCAAUGACCCGGCCAUCCACUCGGGCCCGAUCAAUGGCGAUACCCUGAUCCUGGAGCCCUUCACCCUGCGGCCCAAUGCUCGGUAUGCCUUCCGCCUGGAUGUGGUCGAGCCGCAAACCAACAAGCGUGCCCAUUCGAUUGUCAUUGUCCGGACGUCGCCGGCCCCGGUGGGCGGGUCCAUCAGCGUCACGCCGGCCGUCGGGGCCCGGGCCGCUUUCGACCUGGUGCAGGUGGCCAUGACCGGCUGGACCACCACCACGGACCAGCUGCCCUUGUCCUACCGCGUGGAGCUCCGGUACCCGGAUGGCCGGACCCUGCAGGUGCCGACCGAUGGCCCGGGCUCGGCGCUGGCCUUCCUGGCCGAUCCCGGCAACCGGUCGCGCUCGGUCACCGUGCGCGGCGUGGUCACCCAGCGCAAUGGCGUGUCGUCGGUGGUGCAAACCGACGUCGUGGUGGACAGCUGCGUGGUCCGGACCAACAGCGAGCUCGAGGAGCUGCGCGACAUCUACCGGACGCGCUCGGCGCAGAUGGUCCAGCGUGGCCAAUGGGAACGCCUGAUGGCCUGGACCUCGGUGGUCAGCAGCUGCCUGGAUGCCACGGAGAAGUUGGCUCGGUCCCAGGCGGCGGCCAUUGCCAGUGCCAGUGCCGCGCGCCGGGUGGUUGAGCAGGCGGCGACGCCGGCCACCGGCGGCGGCCCGGAGGCGGCCACCACCCACAUCCCGGAUGAGGUGCUGGCUCGGCGUGGGCGCCGGUCGGAGGUCGGGGAGGCCCUUGCCGCGGCCGACACCGCGGCCCGGCUGGCCACCGCCGAAUCGGCCGCCGGCAUCGACACCACCGGCAUGAACUCCGCCGAGGUGGAGGCCCUGGACUCGGCCCUGGUGCUGGCCAACUCGGCCAAGCUCCUGCUGGCGGAUGUGGUGGUCACCUAUGACGACAGUUUGAACUUCGCCCCGAGCUCCUUCGAGCGUGCCCAGGCGGCCAUGUGCCAGAUUGACACGGUGUCCCGGACUUCGCGCGGCCUGUCCCAGGACAUGGUCGGGCGUCUGGUCACCCGGAUGACCGAGCAAACGCGCCUGGUGGAGUCGUACUACCAGGCGCCGGUGCGCCGGGCCACGUCGGCCGCCGGCGGAUCGGGCGCGGCCACCACCCCCCCGGGCGGCAGCAACAACGCCGCCCCCGGGCCCGCCACCCUGGCCCGGGUCCACCCGAAUGUCAUGGUUUCCGAUGACUUCAUGAACUGCCUGGCCCGCUCGGGCGGCCGGCUGCUGACGGUCACCAACUCCACCUCCACCUCGGAGAGCCUGCUGCAAACGACGUCGGCCAUUCGCCGGGCCCAGCACAUGUAUGCCCGGCGCCUGGCGUGCAACCAGGAGCCGGCCACCUUCCCCUCGAUCUCGGCCGAUGAGGAUGACCUCGGGGCCGAGGCCGUGCAGAUGACCGUGGUUCGCAGCCCCCUGAAGGGCAGCGACUCGCUGAUGCCGAGCUUCACCUUCCCCCAGGGCUUCGGCGUGGAGGGGGUCAAUUGCUUCUGCGGCUUCCAGGCCACCCUGGAUCGGGAUGCCUAUGCCAGCGUGCCGCUGCCGAUCGGCGCCAUGGCGGCCGGAUCGCGCGAAACCUUCGGCGCCCGCGUGCGCCGUCACCUGCUGCUGCAGUCGCGCUCCCUUUCCUCGGCAAUGGCCCCCGGCGAUGGCGCCCAUGAUGACCACCGGGGGGCCCGGACGGCGUCGGUGGCUGCCGAUGCGGCCGGCCUCAUGGCCGGGCUGGUGGAUCUCGGAGCGCACUCGCUGCGCUCGGCCACCCACCAGGCCCUGGGCUACUUCGAGGAGGCGGCGCACCAGGUUCGCCGGCUGCGGUCCCUGCGCUCGGCCACGCCCGACACCGAGGGGGCCGUCGCCGCGGCCGACACGGCGGCGUCCACCACCGCCGCGUCGUCGACGAUGGCCAGCUCGGCCGCGGCCGUGGGCGGUGGCGGCGGCUCCGACGCCGGGUCCUAUCACCUGGCCACGGCCAUCCACUCGGCCGAGCUGUAUGACUGCUCGACCCCGUCGGCCAUCGGCGAGCCGGACACCUUCGGCCAGACGCCGAUCACCUCCUUCGGCGGGCAGGUGGUGCAGGUGGGCUUCGAGUUCGACCCGGCCGACCCGGUGGACAUCGGGUCCGUCGUGUGCGCCUACCUCAACCACACCACCUACAAGUGGGACUCCAGCCAGGUGUUUGUGCUGGAGGCCACCCCGGUGUCGGUCACCUGCGGGGCCCAGCACUUCACCGAGUUCGCGGUCCUCCAGCGGGCCACCGCGUCCGAGGUCUUCACCCCGGACCUCGGGGACCUGUUCCCGGCCUGGGCCAUUGCCCUGAUUGUGGUCAGCGCCCUGGUGGUGCUGUCGGCCCUGGUCAUCGGCAUGUAUGUGGUCCACCGCCGGCGCCAGCUGGCUGCCGUGCCGCCGACUCCCUCCGAGCCGGGCAGCCGCGUGGUCGACUACAGCACCAUGGCCGAUGGCCAGGGACAGGGUCUGGGCGCGCCGCCGGCCUUCAAGCCGGAUGGCAGUGCCUACCCGCCGGGCUCGACCGCCGGGCCAUCGACCGCCGGCACGCCGCUCUCGCCCGACCACAUGGUCCGCCGGCCGCCGGCAUACGUCCUGCCGCCGUCGUACGCGGACUUCGUGGCCGUCGGCUACCAGGGCCCGGGAUCCGGAGGCUCGUCCUUCGGGCCGAGCCCCACCUCGGCGGCCGCCGGUGUCGGCGCGCCCGGGGUCAACGGCACCCCGCUCUACCCGAACCUGAAUGCUCGCUAUCAGGGAGGCGCCGAGUACAGCUCCAACAGCUUCGAGGACUUUGUCUCGGACGAGGACGCCUACGACGACGAGAACUACGAGGAUUACGAAGACGAGCGCGACUACCACGACGACGACGACAUCUACGACGACGACGACGACUUCGAGUCGGACGGCGGGAUGUCCGAGUGAGCGUGCGCGCGCGCGUGCGUGAUAAUCGAGUCACGACGAAGACGACGACGAAGACGACGACCAAGACGAAUGAG